CGGUGGGCCUGCCGUUUUCGGGGCCAAGUGUCAGCAAAACGUGCCACUUCUUCAGCGUCGCAAGGGGAUGCCUAGCCUCUUAUGUCAUUUCCCGAAUCUAGAAAAGACGUGAGUGAUGCUCAUCCUUCAAGCCUUUAGCGUUUACGGCGUGUUCGGUUCUAAACUUCUGGCUAGGGCGUAAAUAGGCUCCAAGGAUCUCGCGUGCUGAGUGGGAGACCACGUCCCAAGCCAAUUGAGCUCAAUGAGGGGCGCCAAGCCAAACGGGUGGCCGAGAAUCUUACGGGUGACGAAGCAGCCACAAGCGUAAUGAACUUUUGACUUUCAAGGCCCCCUCACCAAGCCGGAGGCCCGAGGCCAAAGUUCCCCCUUUGUUCACAUCUUCGCUCCGCGACACUAGUAUGGCCCCGCCUGCAACACCCAGGAGUCAUCCCAUACACCGCCUGCCGUCGAUCGUCCACUUCUAGCACCAUGGACUGGAAUAACUGCAUGGAAUAUACCAAUUCUAGAGCCUCUUCCGACACUCCAGAUGCCGAGUACCGCUGCGGUCUUUGUAACAAGACCUAUAGCCGCCGGGAUCUCCGGGACCGGCAUCGACGUCGCUGCGCCAAAACCUUCGGCCAGGAACGUGCUUCCAAGCGCAAAUCUUGCGAAACUUGCGCCCAAAAGAAGUUGCGCUGUUCAUUGACCCGCCCGGCCUGUAGCCGAUGCAUUCAGAUGGGCUCCGCCUGUCACUAUCCCAACACGUCUUCGACACGCGGAGAUCAGGACACGGGCGCAGAGCUCAUGACACCCGUGGAGGUAUCCCUGGAGCCGACGUCCACAGGAUUGACCCCCGUUGUCCCCGUCACGGCCAUGGUGAUGCCAGGGAAUGGCAGUCAUAGUACCUCCGGCAUGGACGGUAUAGCCUGGAGCCCGGCUCUCGACAACAUCGGUCUAAUGCUUUCCUCGAUGGGUGAGGGAACGGGAUUUCCAGGCCAGAAUACAUGGCCUGACCCAGCGUCAGGCUUUGCAGGCGACAACCUCCACGGUCACACGGCGUCCUUUUACCUUGCGCCGCAAGAAAAAUCAAAAACACCCCAUCCUCUAGACAACCCUUCUUUGUUACUUUCAGGCGAUCCUCUUGACAUUCCCUUACCACCUCUCUCCUCAUCAGCAGGCAGUAGUCACCGAGAACCGUCCGCUGGUCGCGACGAGGCAGAGACUGCUAACUCUGGUGGCUCCCGGGAUGGCAUUACUAUCUUUGCUAGUUCCUUUGCGCCGGACUUGUCCGGUCCGGCACUACGGGAUACGGCCAAUCUAUCUCACGAGCUUUUCGGGAUUCUGCGCGGGUAUCCCCAACUGAUGCUGCAGCCCGGCUUUUGGUCUCCCUUCAUUCACCACCGCCUUUACCGUUGCUCCAAAGAGGGCAUGGCCGAGCCCCUUGGCAUCGCUCUGGCAUGCGUGUCGGCCUAUUCGAACUCGGUUGAGUCUAGCUUUGAGUUCGUUGAUAAUAUGAUCAACUCGCAACGGGAGCGGCUGCUGCGCGAAUUCCACAAUUACAGCGAUCGUCCAGAAACAUGUCUUGCCGCCCUACAUGCAGUCUGCGUUUAUCAGAUUCUGGGACUGUUUGGGGGUUCGUCCAUAGAAAGCCCCAAAUCAGGUAAUAGCACGCCCUUCAAAGAUGCCAAUGAGAGACGUCGCGAAGACUCGGGAAAGGUCGCAGAACUUCAUAGUUCUUUCUUGCUGAAGAUGACCCGGCGCCUCUGCAAGCUUCACCAGAAAGCCCUCGGAGGAAAUGAACCAGGCUGGUCUGAGUGGAAAUUCGCCGAAUCUCUCCGCCGUAAUGUCUUCUUCAUUCACAUCAUUAAUAUACUCGCCGCCGAAGCCCGACGGCUGCACCACGACUACUUUGAGCCGUUGGAUGAUGCCAUGGUUCUACAGAUGCCCCUUCCAGCGCCGGAGUAUAUGUGGCGCGCUUGCAGCGAAGAGGAAUGGCGUGUGGCCCGUGAAUACGCGCGUCCAAGUUCACAUACCUUGCGUACCCUUCAGGAGUUACUCGAUUCGGACCGUGCGGGCAGCUUGAACGUCGCGUCACUGCAACCCUUAACCAGGAUGAUUUUGGCGUGUCACAAGAUUCGGCCUCGGGGUUACGACGGAGAAGCGCUUUGAAAGGAGAUGAUCUUCCUGUUUGUUUAGUUUCCUCUCUCUCAUGACUUUUUCCCUAUUGUUGGUUUGACCUUCCGGCGCUCUAUUGGUGCAAAACCGCUACAUACCCAUAUAAAAUUAAAUUUCGUGGGCUGCUGCAUGCCAGGAACGAGGCCCUUAGUCUCAGCAGUACCAAUAUUCUCAAUCUAUAUUUGCGAUAUUUAGAAGUGGUUUGAAAGAAACGCCAUUUUUAUAUAGCUAGACCAAUGAAUUAUCACCCUAUGCCAGCACAGGUCCACCAUAUACGUCCAUUGUGUAUGAGAGUAUUUAUUCAAACUUAUACAAUUCAUGGCCAUGCACUAUAACCAAGUCUCAUAGGAUGGCGCGUAUGUCUAAG